AUCAGCAGGAGAGCAUCCUCCUAUUCAGCGUGUCUGCGUUUUGAGUCCUCACUUGUUAGUCACUUCACAGCAGCUUGCACUUUAAUCGCCACUUCCUCUCCUCUUUGUCUCAUUCUAUCUCUCUGUCUUUGCAGAUCGAAAGCUGCUACAUGAUGUUAAACCUCAAAACAUGGAGAGCUCCAUCGACGUGGCUCUGUACUCGGGUCUCGGAGCAGGAAUCGUUGCCGUGGUAAUCCUGGUGGUGGCCGUCAUGCUGUACAGGAAGAACCACAGCGACUACGGCGUUGAUGUCAUUGACUCUUCGGCUCUCACUGGGGGUUUCCAGUCCUUCAACUUCAAGACGACCAGACAAGGCAACCCGCUGCUUCUCAACUCCUCGAUGCCGCCCGACAUGACGGUGGGACGGACGUACAGCACGCCGCUCUGCUUUCAUGACGGCGCCGACAAGGAGCUGUUUGACCCGCUGCCGGACAUCAAGGUCAAAGUCCAGAGCUCCUUCAUGGUGUCUCUGGGUGUGGCCGAGCGUGCCGAGUUCCACGCCAAAGCGCCCAGCGAGUCUUACCCACAGGACCUCAGCUGUGACUUCUGUAGCACUGUGGACAAACGCAAGAAGGGCCCCCUGACGCUCAACGGGCCCCUGAGCGGCAGCAGAGAGCAGCUGAGGACCAGUGGCGUGUUCGGCCAUGUUGGAGGCCGGCUGGUGGUGCCCAACACAGGGGUCAGCCUCCUUGUGCCUCACGGAGCUGUGGCUGAAAAUAUGUCCUGGGAGAUGUGCAUGGUCAUCAAUCAGGGCGAGGCGAGCGCCCAGACACUGGAGGGCUGUGAAAUCCUCCUGGGCCCAGAGGUGACGUACGGUCCUUCAGGCCUGGAUCUCUUUUGUCCUGUUGCCAUGACCGUCGCCCACUGUGCAGAGGUGGAUGCUGAGAACUGGAACAUUCAGCUCAAGAGGAAAACCCAGGACGACAAAUGGGAGGAAGUGAUGUCAGUGGAAGAGGAGUCCACUUCCUGUUACUGCCUGAUGGAUUCGAGCAGCUGCCACCUGCUGCUGGACCAGCCGGGCUCGUACGCGCUGGUGGGCGAGCCGCUGACACAGGCGGCCGUGAAGAGGCUGAAGCUGGCCGUGUUUGGGAGCGUGGAGGCGGGCGCCCUGAACUACAGCCUGCGGGUGUACUGUGUGGACGACACGCCGCACGCCUUUCAGGGAGUGGUGGCCGCCGAGACGUCCAGAGGGGGUCAACUCCUCGAGGAGCCAAAGACGUUGCCUUUCAGAGCGAACACCUUCAGCCUCCAGGUGUCGAUCCAGGACGUCCCCCAGUUCCUGUGGAGCAUCAAACCCUUUACCACAUGUCAGGAAUUCUCCUUCCCUCAAGUGUGGUGCAGCAACCAGCAGCCCCUGCACUGUGCCUUCCAGCUGGAGAGAUACAGCCCCGCCGCCACCCAGCUCUCCUGCAAAAUCAGCGUGCGACAGGUCAAAGGUCACGAGCAGAUCCUGCAGGUCUACACGGCCGUGGCCGAGGGUGAGAAAGAGCCGGUUCCAUUUUUUAUGCAGACAGACUGCACAGUCACGUCCCAAACGGGGCCCAAGGCCUUCAAAAUCCCACUGUCCAUCCGCCAGAGGAUCUGCGCCACCUUUGACACUGCCAACGCCAAGGGCAAGGACUGGCAACUCUUAGCGCAGAAACUCCACCUAGACCGUAACCUGGGCUACUUCGCCAAGCAGCGGAGUCCCUCCGCUGUCAUCCUGAGCCUGUGGGAAGCUCGCCACCAGGACUCUGCCGACCUUGACUCUUUGGCCAGCGCCUUGGAGGAAAUUGGCAAAAUCCACUCCAAAAGCUCCCCAAAGGACCUGGACGAAGCGGAGCCCGACCUCAAUCACAUAGAAGUGUGCGGCCUUUACGGCACGGCCAAACCUGCGGUGGUUCUGGAGGGUGAGGACUGCGCUCCUGAAUACACGGGCUGAGAGAAAAGGUUGGCCGGCUCUCACUGGCAGACCGAUGCACGUGUGUGUGCGUGCACGGCCGCUGACGGACAUGGGGCUACCCCUGCGGCGCGUCGGGAGGUUGUCUGUGAGCGGACAGUGGCAGUGGUCAGUGCGCCGAGCGAUCACAGCGGGCCGAGGUGAACCAGCUCCUGCUGUGGAUCUGCCCUUGUGUUUUAACGGAUCUGUGGACUGACUGUAAAUCUUUGUCGGCCUUUCCUCAGUUUUUUUUUUUUUUGUUUGUUUGUUUGUUUUGUUUUUUUCAGCUCUUUGCUUUAAGUUUAUGUCUUUUGAGUGUUCAUUAGUUUUGACUUUUGCUUAAAAUAUAAAGGAUUCUUCAUUUCUUUCAGUUUUUUAUUUUUAAACACACCCUCUCCUUUUUAUCUCAACAAUGAGGAAUGACGUUUUGUAUGUCCAUCCUUUUAUCUUUUAUUUUUAAGCAGGAUAUUACUAACAUCAUUGUGAAAGUGAACCUUAAAAGCCAGACAUUCAAAAGUGAGUCAUUUUCUUAUCCUUACAAAAACUGUAAAACGUCUGAAAACCCACAGUUUGCAUUAUCAUUUCUACCAAAACAGCAUUAUCAGCAUUAAGCAACAUCAGAAUUUAAACUGGAGAUGGAUAAAAACAAUAAAAAGAACUGUGGCAUAAUGUGGAUGAAGAGGUUUGUUCACUGUGCUGUUUGUUACAGUUUGGGAGGAAGCUGUAGAACAUCACUUCCUGUCUGGGGCAUCUUAUCACCUAAUUACCACCAUAAGCUCCCACAGUGGACCUCAUAUCAGGCACUGACACCUUUCGACUAAACCACCCAGCAAACACACACACACACACAGUGUAGACACUUUGUGUCCCAAGAGGCCAUGUGUGAAUUCUAUCUGACAGUGGAAUUCAUUAGUCACAAAUGCAGUAAAGUCACAAUGCAUUUGUGGCUUUAAUUUGUUACCCUUAGCUGUAAGGGUGCAGAAACUAAAGAGGUGUUUAGUUUCUCAUUUAAAAAUGGCUCUAAAGUAUAAAAACGCCAAAUCGAGAUGACAGAAAGAAGGAUGUAUUUGACUGAAUCCUGGUACUACUAAUGUUAUUGCUUUUACACUCUAAUCCAGAUGACACCCAUACGCUUUUCUGUUGUUUGGUCAAGGGCUAAAACAGAAAACUAGUUGUUCAAAAUAACAUCAAAUUCACUCCACACCACAGUAGUGUGAGAAUGACUGGUAGUUAGCAAGAGCAGGAGCUUGAAGACUCAUCGGCUUAUCUGUAGAAAGGUUCUCAGAUUCCUGGUAAUUUACUUCAGCAGUGGAAAAUGGUGAACAUAAUGACAAAUUGAAAAGGGUAACACAUGGUGUCUGAUGAACAUCAGGUGUUUGUGAAGAUCAACCAGACAAACUAAACACCACUAAGCCCUUUGACAUGUACUAAUAGAUUCAAACAGUGAAACUCCUUGGGAUAUGUAACAUGUACUGUCAAAUUUCCAACCUGCCCAUCUACACAAUUUUGCUCGAUUCUCAUCACCCUUAACUACUCCAUCUGGGCUUUGUCCCAUUCAGUUUGAUUUCUCUGGCAGAAUUUUUCUUCGACUAGAAUUCGAAAACAAUCGAUAAACGACAUCAUCGUUCACAACUUCUUCUGUUUGCUGAUUGGCCCCAUAGUUUCAACAAUGGCAAUGGAGGAAGUGAACGAAACCAUUCAGUCCGUGUUGGCCAUGCCUCUAAAUGUUUAAUUAGUAUUAACAGCCAUCUGGUUCUUCUCAGCUCUCCUCUCAUCACAGUGGAAGAUGGCUGAUUAUGGCACAGGUCAUUUCUGGUGCAAAUGUUAGCAACCAAGUAAAAUUUAUAACUUCAACAGAGCUCCACGCCUCCAGCAAGCAAUUGUUUCUCAAUAGCCGAUGUUCCAGACACUCUGUACGAAGUAAAAUGUGAGGGCUGGUGUUUAUCAGAAGUUCUUUAAUUCCUCACUUCCUGUUAUUUUGCAUAAGGUUGAAGGUCCAGUAGCUAAUACAACUUAUUGUCUUGUUUUUAUAAAAAGAGAGUAACUUUUCUCUAACUUUUGAAGUUUCUUUCUAUGUUGUUGUACCAAACCCAUGCUUAACAGACUCCCCGAAUCUCAGCAGUUUCCCAAUGUCAGCCAUGCUCAUGUAAAUCUAGUCUUGUUUUGAUAUUUUUAUGCUACUUUUGUAUUCUCCUGCUGACCAGCAGAAUCAUUUCACAAUUUUCUUUUUUCAAAUGAAGGUAAGCUUUUUUCAAAUAGUGUUUUUAUCCAACCUGACUCCACAUUGUGGCAGUAAACUACUUUGAUGUUGUGAAGCUAUUACCCAAAGCUUCACUUUUCCUACAUAUGGGCUAGUUGUGGCUAUAAUUUCCAUUCUGAGAAUUUUUUAAAUUCAGUUUUCUAAAAAUACCAGUUGCAUAAACAUGGUAAGAAGCAUGUUUAUGUAAUGGAUGACAGUUUGAAGCAGAUGGGAACAUUUGGGUUUGUCCAACAAUCCACAGCCAGAUUAAACAUGAGCAGAGGUGGCAGUUUCACCUGAACCUCGGCUCACACCUGGACAGGCUCCUGUGUGACAUUAGCAGGCUUUUACUGAACCUUUUAUAGUUCAACCAAAAUUAUACUUUGGAUUUUUCAAGAGGUUCUGUGAAGUUGUUCUCGGUAAUAAUUCCCUUACCUAUAGUUGGAUUAAACCCCCCAUGUUGGCUGUAAAAUCAAACUACAAAAUUUCAUAUCAACGAUAUGUUAGGAGGAGAAAACCUGCGGUAGGUCCAUCAAUUGUUUCAGCUAACAUCCAUGUCGUGACGCUAAGCUUAAGCUAGCUAGAGACUACCAACUGAUCAUGAGUUUGCUAGGAAAAGACCUGGGAAAGCGCAGCCACAGCCCAUCUUCAAAGGCAUUCCACAAUCAACAGUCUGCUGAAAAACACUUAAAACACUUUUGGCGUACUUGGAGUGUAUCGACACACCCAGCAGCGUCAACCAACACAGCUUUAGCAUAGCAUAGUGACAACUUAUCAUCAUUCACCAGUGACGGCUUGGAUAGUUUACAUCCACAUUAUUCCAAGGAUGUUGUCCUCUUCAGUUGUAGUUGUGUGAAAUAACUAAAAAAAA